GGGCGCGCGCCAGGGCGGCGGGCACAGCCAUGGCGGCGGCGGCCGAGCGGAGCCGCCUCAGCUUCCCCGGCGGCACCGGGGCCCUGGGGCGGCCCGUGCCUAUGAACCUCUUCGCCACCUGGGAGAUCGACGGCUCCAGCCCCAGCUGCGUGCCCAGGUUGUGCAGCUUGACAUUAAAGAAACUGGUAGUCUUAAAGGAAUUGGAUAAGGAGCUUAUUUCCGGGGUCAUUGCUGUCAAAAUGCAGGGCUCCAAGCGCAUCCUGCGCUCCCACGAGAUCGUGUUGCCCCCGAGUGGACACGUGGAGACAGAGCUGGCGCUGACCUUCUCUCUGCAGUACCCUCACUUCUUGAAGAGAGAAGGCAACAAGCUCCAGAUCAUGCUGCAGCGGCGGAAGCGCUACAAGAACAGAACCAUUUUAGGCUACAAGACCCUGGCUGUGGGAUGCAUCAACAUGGCUGAGGUCAUGCAGCACCCUACAGAAGGUGGCCAGGUUCUGAGCCUUUUCAGCAACAUCAAAGAGGCUCCAGUGAAGGUGGCAGAAAUCUGGAUCUUCUCCUUGUCAAGUCAGCCAAUCGACCAUGAGGACAGCACUAUGCAGCCCAGCCAGAAAAUCAAGUCUACAGACAACUAUUCCGAGGAAGAGUACGAGAGCUUCUCUUCUGAGCAGGAGGCCAGUGAUGAUGCCGUACAGGGCCAGGAUUUGGAUGAUGAUGAGUACGAGAUGGGAAAGCCCAAGAAGCAGCGGAGAUCGAUAGUAAGAACGACGUCCAUAACCAGGCAACAAAACUUCAAACAGAAGGUUGUGGCAUUGCUGAAGAGGUUUAAAGUGUCUGAUGAGGUUCUGGAUUCAGAGCAGGACCCAGCAGAGCACGUUCCAGAGGUGGAGGAGGAUUUGGACCUUCUGUAUGACACGCUGGAUAUAGAGAACCCCAGUGACAGCGGGCCAGAAAUGGAGGAUGAUGACAGCGUCCUGAGCACUCCAAAGCCAAAGUUAAAACCUUACUUUGAAGGACUGUCCCACUCCAGCUCUCAGACAGAAAUUGGGAGCAUCCACAGCAUCAGGAGCCAGAGAGAGCCACCAAGUCCUGUAGAAGUGCCUGAAAAGACAAAGAGUCUUGGAACCAAACACAGCGGCGACAGCGUUUCUGACACUGUCCCUUAUGAGUCUAACCAGCAAGCUGAGGUCCAGGAGGCUGAGCUCCCCACUCCAGAUGUGUUUGUGGAGAAGCUCCCACCCAGUGGGAAGAUCACAAAGACAGAGUCCCUCAUCAUCCCAUCCACCAGGUCUGAAGGGAAGCAGACGGGGCGCCGGGGCAGGAGCACGUCCCUGAAGGAGCGGCAGCCGGUGCGGCCGCAGAACGAGAGAGCCAACAGCCUGGACAACGAGCGCUCCCCGGACACCCGGCACCACCUGCAGAUCCCCAGGAAAACAGUGUAUGAUCAGCUGAAUCACAUCCUGGUUUCUGAUGACCAGCUGCCAGAAAACAUUAUCCUUGUCAAUACAUCUGACUGGCAAGGCCAGUACCUUUCAGAUGUCUUGCAAAAGCACACCUUGCCAGUGGUCUGCACGUGUUCCUCUGCUGAUAUUCAGGCAGCUUUCAGCACAAUUGUCUCCAGGAUACAGAGAUACUGUAACUGCAAUUCACAGCCUCCAAACCCAAUUAAAAUUGCAGUGGCAGGAGCCCAGAAUUACCUCAGUGCUGUGUUGAGGCUCUUUGUAGAGCAGCUGUCUCACAAAACCCCCGACUGGCUCGGCUACAUGAAAUUUCUGAUCAUCCCUCUAGGCUCUCAUCCAGUGGCCAAGUAUCUGGGGUCUGUAGAUUAUAGAUACAACAACUUCUUCCAAGAUCUAGCCUGGAGAGAUCUGUUCAACAAACUUGAAGCACAAACCACUGUUUCGGAUGCGCCCGACGUCGUGUCCCGGAUAACUCAGUACAUUGCAGGGGCAAACUGUGCUCACCAGCUGCCCAUUGCUGAAGCCAUGCUGACCUACAAACAGAAGAGCCCCGACGAAGAAUCUUCGCAGAAGUUCAUUCCCUUUGUCGGGGUGGUGAAGGUUGGAAUAGUGGAACAAUCUUCUGCAACAUCAGGUGACUCUGAUGACGCAGCUCCCUCAAGUUCCGUUGUGCUUUCUUCCACCCCGCCUUCCGUGUCUCCUGCUGUGAAAGAAGCCUCCCCCACGCCCCCUUCCUCACCAUCUGUUACAGGCAGCUUCUCCUCCCCAAGCCAGGGCCUCGGUGCUGAGCUGAUGGGCCUGCAGGUGGAUUACUGGAUUGCAGCCCCACCCGUGGACAGGAAGAGAGACCCAGAGAAGAAGGACCCCUCCACCACCAAAAACACACUGAAAUGCACUUUCCGGUCCCUGCAGGUCAGCAGGCUCCCUGCCAGCGGCGAGAUCGCCACCACGCCAACCAUGUCCAUGACUGUGGUGACAAAAGAGAAGAACAAGAAAGUGAUGUUUUUGCCCAAGAAAACAAAGGACAAGGAGGUUGAGUCAAAGAGCCAGUGUAUUGAAGGAAUCAGCAGGCUGAUUUGCACAGCGAAACAUCAGCAGAACAUGCUGCGUGUCCUGAUCGAUGGCGUGGAGUGGAACGACGUCAAGUUCUUUCAGCUGGCAGCACAGUGGUCCUCUCAUGUCAAGCACUUUCCCAUCUGCAUAUUUGGACACUCCAAAUCCAACUUCUAGCUGUGCUCGGCGCAGGGACCUUCUGCCCAUCCCGAGGACUGCACACCAGGAGCCAGGAACUGCGUGCCAACUCUGACUCGUGUCGCUCUGCCCUCUCCUGCAGAAUUAAUUACAGAUGUGCUUGGAUUACUUUUGAAUUACUUUUUUCUAUUAACUCUUAAGUUUACUACAAAGGAAGGAAACCCCUUUAAACAAAGGCAAAAAAA